CUGUACCCGGACACAUCGCUUCUUCCUCUAAUUGAUCAGCAAUGGAGCCCCUGAUUAGACGCCAGAGUUCUCAAAUUCUUGGUGGCCGUUCGACCAAUGCGGGGGCCAUUCAUAGAUCUCUACCGAUGGACAGGGCCUAUGCCCACAGUGUCAGCGGAGGGGCAGGUGGCCGGGGGAUAAGGAUCUCCACGGCCUACGGCACACGGGUCGGCAGCGGCUUUGGGGGUGGGUAUGACUACCAAUCCUCGUCGUCUGGGUCCACUUCUGGAACCCUGGCCAUCACCAACGAGAAGUUAACUAUGCAGCACCUGAACGACCGCCUGGCUAGCUACCUGGAGACGGUGAGGAAUCUGGAGAAAGCCAACGGCAUUCUGGAGAUCAAGAUCAGAGAGACCAUCGAGAAGAGAGGCCCCUUGGAUGAGAAGGACUUCGGCAAGUACAACGCCACCAUCAUGGAUCUGAGGGCCAAGAUAUUUGACAUGAUGAAGGACAACUCGCAUCUUGCUAUCGCUGUUGACAACGCAAGCCUGGCUUCAGACGACUUCAGAGUCAAGAUGGAGUACGAGAUGUCCAUGCGUAUGACGGUGGAGGCUGAUGUGGCCGGACUGAGGAAGCUUCUGGAUGACACCAACGUUGUUCGCCUGCACCUGGAGAGCGAUAUUGAGUCUCUGAAGGAAGAGUUGAUCACUCUGAGGAGGAACCACAUGGCGGAUGUUAAGGAAUUGCGUGCCCAGAUCACCCAAGACGUUCACGUAGAUGUCGACGCUGCUAAAGGACACGACCUGGCCAGGAUCAUGGAGGAGAUGAGGGCUAAGUAUGAGAAGAUAACACUGAAGAACCAGGAGGACCUCAAAAACUGGCAUGAAGCUCCGAUCACAGAGGUGCAGGGCCAAGUGACUGAGAGCACAACAGCUCUGAAGGAAGCCACGACUGUGAUGUCUGAUACGAGGAGGAGGUGUCAGGCACUGGACAUUGAACUGCAGUCUACACUUAGUACGAAAGCGUCCCUGGAGGCCACCCUGCGCGACAUCGAGAUGCGUUACAACAUGGAGGUGGAGAAGUACAACGCGAUCAUCCUGAGGUUGCAGGAGGAGCUCACUCAGAUCCGCAACGACAUCCAGCACAGCACGAGAGAGUACGAGCACCUGCUCAACAUCAAGGUGAAACUGGAGGUCGAGAUCGCCGAGUACAGGAGGCUGUUGGACGGCGAGGCAGACUUCGAUCUCGGCGAUGCAAUUGAUCCGAAGAAGGUCGAGACCAAAGUGGUGACAGUCACUCAGACUCUGGUGGAUGGCAAAGUGGUGUCAGAGAGCAAGGACGUCAAAUCCAGUGAAGAGGCUGCUGCUUAUUAAAACACUGGAG